AUGACUUGCGCAGACGUGACAGAUCUAUGCACGCAAGCCUCCCAGCUGGUCCAACAGCUCCGGACAAAAGAUGGAGAGCUGGGCUUUAUGUCCGCGGCAGUCUACGACACGGCCUGGGUGUCCAUGGUCCAGAAGACGACACCAGAAGGGCGUCAAUGGCUCCUGCCAAAAUGCUUCGAAUACAUCCUGCGGACCCAGCUAGAGGAUGGCAGUUGGGAGACCUACGCCUCCGACGUCGACGGUAUCCUCAACACCGCAGCCUCCUUACUGGCCCUCGAGACCCAUGCAGAAAGCCGGAUUGCCAGCACCGACCCUCCCGUGGAAGAAAUGAAGGAGCGAAUCGGACGGGCACGCGCGGCCCUCUCACGACAACUGCAAGCGUGGAGUGUAAAAGACACUGUUCACGUUGGCUUUGAAAUCAUUUUGCCCGCGCUUCUGCGGCUCCUGCGCGAGAAAGGGCACGAGUUUGAAUUUGACGGGCGCGCCGAGCUCGACCGGCUGAAUCGCAUCAAGCUCUCCAAGUUCAGGCCGGAGUACCUGUACUCCGCCAGAACCACCGCGCUGCACUCGCUUGAGGCGUUUGUGGGCAUGAUCGACUUUGAUAAAGUGGCGCACCAGAAGGUCAAUGGCUCUUUCAUGUUCUCGCCAUCGUCCACGGCCGCCUUUCUCAUGUUUUCCUCCUCCUGGGACGACGAGUGCGAACAGUACUUGCGGUUGGUGCUACAGAAUGGCGCCGGAGGGGGCACUGGAGGAAUGCCGAGCGCGUAUCCUUCAAAGUAUUUCGAGGUCUCGUGGGUAAGGGGACAGCUUGCUCGACUAGAAUCAAAGCUGACUGAACUUCAGGCCCUUACCACGCUCUUGGACAAUGGAUAUUCUACAGGCGAUCUCGGUAUCGAAGACACCGACAGCCUCGGCGAGAUGCUUCGCGAUGCGUUGGUCAAAGGAGGAGGUAUUGUAGGAUUUGCUCCGUCGAUCCAGGCAGACGCCGACGAUACCGCCAAAUCGCUUAUUGCGGUCUCCUUGUUGGACAAACCAGUCUCGGCCCAGGGACUAAUAGAUGCAUUCGAGGGCCCGAUGCACUUCCGCACCUAUCACGGCGAGAGAGAUCCCAGCUUCACUGCAAACAGCAAUGUAUUGCUUGCGCUGUUGAAUACGCCCGAUGCGGCCACUGUGUCGCCCCAGAUCGAAAAAGCAGCGGCCUUUCUGUGUGAUGUCUGGUGGACGGCCGACAGUGAGAUUGGGGAUAAAUGGAACCUCUCCCCGUACUAUCCAUCCAUGCUCAUGGCUGAGGCGUUUGGGAAGCUGCUGCAGGUAUGGUCAGAUGGCGGACUCAAGUCGAUUUCCAGUCAGUUUAUCAGAGAUCGAGUAUCGGUCUGCCUGUAUCAGGCAUUGGUUCGCACACUACAGACUCAGAACGAGAACGGAUCCUGGGGAUCGCACUCCCACGAAGAGACGGCAUAUGCUAUUCUGACCAUCGCUCACGCAUGCCAGUUGCCCGUGGUGAAUCAGCUGUGGACGAAUGUGCAGCUGGCUGUGUCUCGAGGCCGCAAGUUCCUGCAAAACAGCGCAGGCGACAAAGCGGAGUAUCUGUGGGUAGAGAAGGUGACAUACAGCUCAAUUCUCCUCAGUAAGAGCUAUGUCCUCGCCGCGCUGAAGGUGUCCUUCGAACGUUCUUAUCCAGCCUGUCUGGCGAAUCUGUUCAUCGUCAGCAAGAAGCGUGUCAUCGAGUUCGCACGCUUCCACUCCAUGCUUCCCCUGUUUUCGAGCAUGGAACUCUGGAAGGUCCGCGCUGCCAUCGUCGAAGGAUACCUGCUCCUGCCACAGCUGCGCGACCGACGUCUUGCCGUCUUCUCUCGCACGGGCAUGGAAGAAGACAAGUAUUUUGAGUACAUUCCGUUCACCUGGACCCUGUGCAAUAACCGCAGGAACACCUUCCUCUCCACGAAAACCCUUGUCGAGAUGAUGGUGAUUUCGUUCCUCAACUACCAAGCCGAUGAAUUUAUGGAAGCGGUAGUCGGCAGACUGAACAGCAGCCAGAGAUCCAUGACCCGGUCCUGCAUCGACGAGAUCUUCCGCGACCUCAAGGACAAACCGGAGCUGAAUGACGCAAUCCAGGCCCAGUCUGGUCCAAGAAACGCAGACGCAAACGGUCACAGGAUCCUACCGCAAGCCAAACGCAUCAAGAUGGGGUCACAACUCCCAAGCGACGUGAGCCGCGUCCUUAGCGCCUUCGUCCACCACGUCAUGGACCAUCCCAGCGUGAAGGCCGCCGCGCCCCUCGAGUACGAGCGCGUCAAGAACGAGCUUCAGGUCUUCCUGCUGUCGCACAUAGAGCAGGCCGACGACAACGGCCGCUUCGCCGCCCAACUGGAGUCCACCCGCGACGACUUCGAGACCGCCCGCUCCAGCUUCUACCGCUGGGUGUCUUCCACCUCGUCCGACCACACCUCCUGCCCCUACUCGUUUGCCUUCUACCAGUGCCUGCUGGGGUUCGAGCAGGCGUCCCACAACGCCGCGUGCUUUCAGACCUGCGAAGAGAAGUAUGUGGCUGAAGCAAUGUGCCGCCAUCUCGCCGUGAUGUGCCGCAUGUACAACGAUUACGGAUCGCUUGCCCGUGACCGCGACGAGAAGAAUCUCAACUGCGUCAACUUUCCCGAGUUUGCCCAGGCCGGGCCAAAAUCAGAUGCGGUUCGGCAGAAGCAGCUGUUCUCUCUCGCUGAGUUUGAGCGGUCCAACAUGAAGCGGGGCUUGGAGGUCUUGACAGAGAUGGCGGCGCAGGAUAGGGCCAAGAUGAGGAUGCUGGAGAAGGUGCAGAUGUUUUGCGACGUGACUGAUGUGUACGGGCAGAUUUACGCUUUAGAGAUAUUGCGAGUCGGAUGUGAUCUCGCACAUGAUUGUUUUAUGCUUGAAUUACCUGCACAAUGGAGUAACUCUACAUGA